GACGGAGUGAGUGCAUGCCGCUGAUCCUCAUCCAUCCAUCCAUCCAUCCCACUCGUGUCUUGACCCUCCACCAUAUCCGCCAUCUACCAUCCAUUCUCCCCUCACUCACUCAACCGCUAUCCGAACGGCCGGCCUCGCUCAGGCAAGCUGAAAGCAUGGCAUCUUCUUCCUCGCACCCCGCGGCGGCGGCGACGAGGCUGGUGGACCAAGAAUUCGAGUCCAUCUCAUCAGCAGCUCCAUCAACCUCAUCCACCCUUCACUCCCCCGCACCUCGUCCCGUCUCUCCUCGACCAGCCACACGACGACGAGCCUCUCAACCAGUCUAUCCCAUCUCUCGUCCUCUCACGCCCCUAUCCAUCGCUUCUGCAAGGCUCAAUCCGGACAGUAGAUUGGAAAGGUAUGCUGCUGCUGCUGCUACUGCUACUACCGGUCCUGCGCUUGGCUACUGCGAGUCCGAUGGCGAUGGUUGCACAGCAAGCGGAAGCACAUCUCACUCUGGCUCGGAGGAUGAGGACGAUUUAAAUUGGAGCAGACGCAAAGGUGCGACGGACAGCUUCGAAUAUCUCGACCUUUCGCUGUCGGUACCUUACACCCUCGUCACCAUGAGAGCAUCGCUCUUGCACCAACUAUCAGACGUCGAGUCGCGCGUCCGCUUGCUCGUCUCUUCCUGGUCACCGCGAGCUGUGGACGUGUCGGCAAGUGCGGCAGCAGCCAAGACGUUGGCCACGUUUCAAGCUCAAGCAGCAGCCAUUCGAGCAGACGCAAAGAGGUUGACAUUGAUGCUACCUCGCGUACCUGCUGGCCUCAACACUGCUCCUCUGCCUCGACUCGCUGCGAAAGGUCAAGAUUUCUUGUCAGAGUGGGACACGCCCACUCUUCCCAAAAUCGCUCUGCCAUCCUUACCAAUGGCUUUGCCUGCUUGGCCCGCUGUUCCGCAUUUCACAUCCGUAGCGGCUCAAUUACCUGCCAACGGAGCUUCCAUCUUGGCAGCUUUGCAAGAUCGACUGGAAGCGAUGCAGAGCGCCUAUGCCGCCCUCACCCUUCGAGACCUAUUCAGCAGCGCCUCUGAGUCAUCGCAGGAUGCAAGCGCCGCAUCCCAUGCGAUCAACAAGAUCUCUCCAGGCUCAAAAGAUGCGACGGAUGCUGCUUCGGCUGCGGCGCACAGCCAAUUGGAUAUCUUGUUGGCUAGAUUGAGAGCGACGGGAGAAGAGGUCAGGGCUAGAGGCCAUGCGAGGGCUAGCUCGGUCGCUAAGAAAGCCAGAGAGAUGGAGGAUGCUGUCUACCACGCUGCGCUCGAACUUGCGGGUCAAGGUCAGCGAUUGAUUAGGUAUGAGAACUUGCCCGAAUUGUGGAAGAACAAUGAGCACAUCCUCUCUGGCUAUCGUUUCAUUCCCUCUCAAAACUUUGGCGCACUCUUGCGCUCGACUUUCGAGAUUCACAAUGAGACGGGCAACAUUCACUCUCACCUGCUCGGAGCAGUCAUCAUCAUUCCCCUCUUUUGGCCCUCUAAAGGAUUGGAUGCGGAUACGACGCCGAUGGACCGACUGGUGCAGACAUUGUACCUCGCGGCCGCGCUCAAAUGCCUCGUGCUCUCCGUAUCGUGGCACGUGAUGGCCGGUUGUGCCAAUGCUUGCUGGUUCGAGCGAUUUGCCUGUGUGGACUACACGGGCAUCGCUUGGCUCGUAGCAGCGAGCGUAUGGACAUUGGUGUACAAUGGCUUUUACUGCCAGCCCAACCUGGCCAUGUUCUACUCUCUCACCACGCUCAUCGUGGGAGCUGUGGGAGCAACGGUACCUUGGGCAGCAUGGUUCAACGAGCGAAGCAACAAGGGCUUGCGAAUCGCAGUCUUUUUGACCAUGUGCUUCACUGCGCUCGCCCCUUUUACGCACGCAGCAUUCGAGCACGGUCUGAUCAAGACGCUGCGAUUCUUUGCUCCCAUCGCUCCGAGUCUGCUAUGCUACGUAGGCGGACUGAUGUUCUACGCCUUUCAAUUUCCAGAACGCUAUGCGCCCGGCCGCUUCGAUAUUUGGGGACACGCGCAUCAGAUCUGGCACGUGGCCAUCGUGGGCGCCAUCUUGCUGCACUAUCGAGCCGCGCUCAUCUUUCAUGCCAACAGGUUCGACUUUAGCUGCACGGCCCAUCCUUCUUCGGAACUCUUUUCGGGCAAGGCGACGCUCAGCCUUGCGGGUGCCAGGUUGCUGCAGAAGGCGGGCGGUCUGCAGGGAAUAGAUGGGCUGAACUUGGCGGAUCAUAGAGUGCACCAGUGGAGGAGGGUGCUGGGCGCUUUGGGCGGUGGAAUGGUCGGUAAAGUUUGGGAUGGCUUUGUCGAUUGGACACAGACUUGGUAGUCCCGGGCACGAGGAGGUCUUCUUUUGCCCCACUCUCUUCGCUUCUGCGAUCGGUUUCCUCGCCUCGCCUCGCCUCUUCAG